AUGCCAUACGAUAUCACAACUACCUCUGAUACCAGUGUCAAUGUCAAAAAGGAGAUGCCUCAUGUGAUUGAACCCGACCAAUCUGAGGGCGAGAUUAUUGGCAAAGUCCUUCUACAAGAGGACCAUGAGCGAGCCAUUCAAGGAGAUCAGCAUUUCCAUCGCCUUGGGUGGAAGCGCCUUACAAUAGUGCUCAUUGUUCAGUCAAUUGCAUUAGGCAGCUUGAGUCUUCCCGCGGCAUUUGCAACAUUAGGAAUGGUUGCAGGAAUUAUCUUGACAAUUGGGCUGGGGGUCAUUGCCAUCUAUGCCAGUUAUAUCAUCGGUCUUGUGAAGCUAAAAUAUCCUCACCUACCUCAUUAUGUCGACUUUGGCCGUCUCUUGCUGGGUGGUGCUGGUGACAAGAUCUUUGCUGUCGGCUUUGUGGCCCUGAUGACCUUGACAGUGGGAUCGCAUUGUUUGACCGGAAAACUCGCACUUGCUACCAUUACUGGGAGCAAUGUGUGCGCCCUCGUUUUCAGUGUUGUCUCGGCAAUCAUACUCUUCGCCUUUGCCGUUCCUCCUUCCUUCGCCGAAAUCUCCAUCCUGGGAUAUAUUGACUUUGUAUCCAUUAUAGUGGCGAUUGGGAUCAGCGUUAUUGCAACGGGUGUUCAAAGUCACGAGUCAACAGGUGCUUCGUCAUCGUGGUCGGCAUGGCCCAAGGCGAACUUGACAUUCAGCGAGGCUUUCGUGGCUAUCUCAAAUAUCGCAUUCGCCUACGCAUUUUCCUCCGCCCAGCCAUCUUUCAUGGACGAGAUGCACACCCCGAAAGACUUUACGAAAUCCAUAACGACAUUGGCAUCAACACAGAUGACUAUAUAUACUAUUACCGGGUCACUCAUAUAUGCAUUUGUGGGACAAGAUGUUCAGUCACCAGCACUGCUAUCCGCCGGGCCCCUUCUUGCGAAGGUCGCCUUCGGCGUGGCAUUGCCUGUCAUCUUUAUCUCUGGUUCAAUCAAUGCAACUGUUGCCUGCCGUUUCAUUCAUGGGCGUAUGUACCAGAAAUCGAUUGUUCGUUAUGUCAAUACUACCAAAGGAUGGGUGACCUGGUUGACGAUCGUGGCCUUGAUCAAUAUUCUUGCUUGGAUCAUUGCUGAGGCCAUUCCUUUCUUCUCGGAACUACUCUCAAUCUGCGGUGCCUUGCUUGUAUCUGGUUUCUCUUUCUAUGUACCCCCCUUUUUAUGGUUCUUUCUCCUGAGAGAAGGUUCUUGGUCUGAAAAACAAAACAUUCGCCAUGGUAUAUUGAACUUGAUCGUGUUCAUCGUCGGAAUUACCAUUUUCGGGUGCGGGAUGUACGCAAGUGUAACAGAGGUGAUCUCGAAAUUUCGUACGGGAUCUCUUAACCGUCCAUUCUCCUGCAACGCUGGAUGA